AUGAGUGGAGGUCGCUUUGAGUUCGACGACGGCGGAGCGUAUUGCGGUGGCUGGGAGGGAGGCAAAGCCCACGGCCAUGGCAUCUGCACCGGACCCAAGGGCCAGGGCGAGUUCUCCGGCUCCUGGAACUACGGCUUCGAGGUGGUGGGGGUCUACACUUGGCCCAGCGGGAACACUUACGAGGGUUACUGGUCGCAGGGGAAGCGUCACGGCCUGGGAGUAGAAACCAAAGGACACUGGAUUUACAAAGGGGAAUGGACUCAUGGCUUUAAGGGGAGAUAUGGCAUCCGGAUCAGUGUUGGCAGUGGAGCGAAGUAUGAAGGAACAUGGAAUAAUGGGCUUCAGGAUGGAUAUGGAACAGAAACAUAUGCUGAUGGAGGUACUUUCCAGGGUCAGUUCACAGGCGGGAUGCGGCACGGCUAUGGGGUCCGACAGAGCGUCCCUUAUGGUAUGGCAGCAGUUGUCCGCUCUCCUCUUCGUACCUCCCUUACCUCACUUCGCAGCGAGCACAGCAACGGCACUGUUCUGCAGCAAGACAUCCCCAUCAUCACCACCACCAACGCCUCAGGUGAGGAGACACCCGUCACCACCCCAACCCAGCUGGGACCUUCUCGCGGAGGUUUUGCCCUCACUCUCCAGGUCGACCCAGAUGCUGUGAAACCCAAGAAGAAGGGCCUGUUUCGCAGGGGCUCCCUUUUGGGUAAGCUCAAGAAGUCCGAAUCAAGUACCUCGCUGUCAAGCCAGAAGAGCAAGAUCAGCUUUCUGAGGACGGAAUCGGCUCUCAGCUCCAACGCCAGCGACACCAACUCCAGCAUUGGGGAUGAAAGCCUGGCCGGAGCUGAGGAUUUCCCCCCAGUGGAGGCCGACAUCGACGCCACCACUACAGAGGUCUACAUGGGAGAGUGGAAGAACGACAAGCGCUCAGGAUAUGGAAUAAGCGAGAGGUCCAGUGGGCUGAAGUACGAGGGCGAGUGGCUGAACAACCAGAGACACGGCUACGGCUGCACCACCUUCGCCGAGGGAGGGAAAGAGGAAGGCAAGUACAUGAACAACAUGCUGGUGAAGGCCAUGAAGAAGAGAGUGAUCCAGCUGAAGGGAACCAAGAUCAAACAGAAGGUGGAGCGUGCGGUGGAGGGCGCUCAGAGGGCUGCAGCCAUUGGCAAGCAGAAGGCAGAGAUUGCUGCCUCCAGGACGACCCAUUCAAAGGCCAAGUCAGAUGCAGCCGACCAGGCCGCCCUGGCGUCCAACAGUGAGUCCAGCAUCGCCAGACUGGUGGCCAAAGAGCUCUCCCCUUCCUUCUACCAGCCAGGUCCUGAGUAUCUGAAGAAGAGAGUGUUACUGGAGGUCGUGGAGGGAAGUGAGACCACAGAGACUGUCAUGCAUGAGCCGCUGUUAGCCGAGGAGGAGCCCCUGCCCACGCCACCCGAAAGCCCUCUCAUGAAUGAACUGGACAGCCUCAUGCCUGGCUCGUCCCCAGCCCGCACCCCCUCCCCUAGCCCGGGCAUCAUCACCAAGGAAGAACCCAAUCUCCUCAGUCCAGGAAGCUGGAACGAAGACAAACCCAUUAAAAGUGGUGGCAGUAAAGGUGGCAGUAAACCCAACAGCAGGCCCAGUAGUCGUCCCACUACCCCGUCAACCUCCGUUUCUGCUCCCGCCUCGGCUGCACCUGAUGUGGGUGGUGUCCCCUCUCGCACCCCCAGCCGUCAGAGCAGCAAGAAUGAGCAGGGCUCUGACCUGGAGAUAAAGCCCCUGCAGAAGUUUGACUCAGAGGUGAAAGGUCCAGAUGUGACUCCAGCCCCUGUUGCCCCGGUAAGGAAUAGCCUCAUCUCUCCAGAUGAAGAAGAAGCCCCACGCCCCGCCUCCAAAGUGUCCUCCAAAGCCGUCACCCCCGAGCCUAAAACCACCGAGGCCAAAACUGAAAGAGCUCCAUCAGUCCAAGAACGAGCACCGUCCUUCUCUGAGAACAAAGUGGAGUCCAGGGAGGUGAGCAGGCCGUCCAGCAAAGCAGAAACGAAGCCAUUACCAAAACGGCAACCCAGCCCAGCUCCGUCCCCAAAACCUGCACCCAGUCCUGAACCUAAACCAGUACCAAAGCAAGUGGAAGCCAAAGCCAUUGUUGCCAAACCAACCCCGAAGGUAGAGCCCAAAGCAGAAGCCAGACUGAAGAACAUGGUGUCGAUCCCAAGUCAUGAGGAGUCUUUGGAAAUGGAGGGCCCAAACAACAUAAUGAUCUGCAUGGUCAUCCUGUUGAACAUUGGCCUGGCCAUUCUCUUCGUACACAUUUUGUCAUGAGACAUUGUCCUCCACCUCAGGUCACCAGCAGGCCGGCCUCCUCCUCAGUUAGGACCAGAGAUCAAAGAUGAAGAAGCCUCAUGCAGACUGCCGCAGUUCCUCUAAAGGUUUUUGUUGGUGUGUCUGUGUGAGGCUCUGUGAAGCUCCUCUGAUUCCAGAGGUUUGACAAAGGACUGAAGGACAUGAAUAAGAUUCAGUACAUCUGAAUACGAUGAUGUUUGUAUGUUAAA